AUGAAUAUAGUUAACGAUAUAAUAGAUACCUCUACAGCAUCCAAGAGGCGAAGAACGCUUGGUGAUGUGACCCUGCCAAGCAGUUUUAAUCUUACCACUUUCGCACACACACGCUCUUUGCGAGCUUGUCAACUAGAUCUCACUUCUCUUAUUAUCGGUCCUGAGUCCUCGCUCAGUUCGAUAGUUCAGGACAUUGCAACGCUGGAUGCUUCACACAAUCAGAUUAGUUCUCUGCAGGGAAUCGAAUCCUUUAUCGCGCUCGAAGUGCUUAACCUCAGCCAUAACUCGAUCCAUGUAAUUGAUUCUCAUUCUGCUUCUCUUUUGCGUUGUCUUGUGCGGUUAAAAGACGUUGAUUUAUCGCAUAAUCGAAUUAUGCUGAUUGACCUAAACGUUUCUCCUAAUGACAAGCCAAAACGGACUCUGACGAACAACGAUCUUGCGAUGGGUACGUUCAAAAUCACCACGCUUAACCUCUCACACAACAACCUUAUUGAUCUACCGGACCUGCGCGAUAUGCUCAACCUCCAGGUGUUGAACCUCAGUCAUAACAGCAUUGAGGACCUGAGCGGCAUUGACGGGAAGCUGCCCUUACUCACCCUGCACACCCUCGCCCUCUCGCACAAUCGCCUGUUGAGUGUAAGUGAUCUGCUUGGGCUCUCCGCCCUGGCCUCCCGGCUUCGCCAUCUCGAGCUGGCUGGGAAUCCCUUUCAGAUGAUGGUGAAGCCAGAUGAGCCCGGGGCCCUCGCGCUCUUCCCCUGGUGGCGUCCCUUCACGCUGUGGCUGCUGCCCUUCACCACCCACCUCGACGGGGCCCUUUACGCGCGUUGGGAGCAGAAGGCCGCCCUCGGGCUCUUUCGCGAGCGCGGGGUCCUCUCGAAGCCCCUGUUGCGGCUGAUGAACCCGGGCUUCCAGCGGGAGCUCCUGGGCUAUCUCUGGGAGCACGCCAAGGGCUAUUUCCCCCUCUUACAAGGGGGAGGCGGGGGCACAAUCGCAACCACCUCCGCACGAGGGAGUGCGAGAACGGGAAGGACCAAGCGUUCGCUGAUCGCCGACUCCGUCGUCCCGCGGCAGAGUUCCGAGGGGGCGUUUCGGGCGAACGGCGCCGCGCCGCUUACCGAGAUCGUGCGUGCCAUCCAACAUAAGCUGCGCACACUUUCGGAGGUGGUGGAGGUUCUAUGGCGGCACGACAUCGCGCGGCGAAAUCACGCGGCAAGGACAAUUCAGCGCCAUCUUCGCCGCGUGCUUGUCUGGCGGCAUUUAUCGGAUGAGGAACGCGAGCGCCUCCAGGUAAUCCGCGAGCGAAUGGCACGGGUGAAAUGGCGUUCCUAUCGAGCACCAACGUUGCGCAACCUUCAUAGUCCAAACCAUCCUCAGGGGAUGACUUCAUCCGGAGGGAUCCCCUGUAUGUCUCGUUCUUCCACAGCGUCUCUUCAUCAGAAUACAGCGGUUUUAAACCUCACUUCCAAAGAAGGGGAUAACGGGGAUAAUGCGCAUUCGAGGAACUACGUAGCUGGAAUUAGCGAAGUAUUGGAUACCAUGCGCACUCUGCAGGCUAUGAUGAUGCCGAUGUGGGGCGACUUCGAUGAGCUCCGCGCGAUGGCUGCCCGUGAGCAGCGCCGUGCGGCAAUCACCAUUCAACGCAUUUUCCGCGGUUAUCGCGCGCGUAAAUCAUGGCGGGAAUUAAAAAUUGGGUACGAUACUUUUGUGGACUCGAUCACGCCUUAUAUUCUCCUUUUACAGCGUUGCGGGCGGGGUUCUUUAGGGCGUGCUAAAUUUGCGGAGAAGAAUAGCUAUCGUCAAGAGGUAAGAGCUCUUUCCCGGGAGGUCCUGGAGCUCCGUCAAGAAUUGAGUGAGAUGCGUAUGAUUGUGGAGAGCUUAGCACGUCAGCAGCGCCUUAGCAAGUACGAGGAUCCUGAAAAAGCAAUGGAUGAGAUUAUCGGGCAAUACGCACGCAAAGAGUGA